AUGUCAAAUAUUUUUUUCUUUUUCUAUUUCUCCUUUCCACUUUCUUUUUCUUCCACCAUUUGGCUUCUGUUAUCAUUUUCUUUCUUUUCCUAUUCCACUUUCAUUGUUUUUCUCCUUUUAAGGUUUAGCUGCUGUUUCUUUUUCACUUUGUCUAUGCCUUUUUUCCACUUCCAUUACUUUUCUCCUUCUUCAAUUUUGUUUCUUUUUUUAUAUUUUCUUUGCAAAUUUUAUUUUUUACUUUUUCAGUUAACCUUGUUUCCUUUUUCUAUUCCUCCUUUCCUCUUUCAUUCUUCUGUUUCUUUUUUCCUUCUUUGUCUAUCCCUUCUUUCCACUUUCAUUAAUUUUCUCCUUCUUUCAUUAAGUUUGUUUUCUUUUUCAUAUUUUUCUUUUCUAAUUUUUUCUACUAAUUUAAGUUGUUUCCUUUUUCUAUUCUUCCUUCAUACUUUCAUUUUCAUUGUUUUUCCUUCUAGAGUUUUCAUUUUUUUUUCUUUCUUCCUCUCAUUUAUUUAUCUUUUCCACUUCUUCGAUUUCCUUAUUCAUUGCCUUAACUUUUACUUUUUUAUCAGAUUACUUCAUUUUUUUUUUCUUUAUUUCUUCACAUUCUGCUUUCUCUUGCCCAUUUGCUAUUUUCCUUUAACUCAUUCACUAGUUUUUCCUUCUUAUUUUACUGCUUUCAUUUGCUCCUCCUUUUUCCUUCUUCAGAUUUUUUUCAUUUCUUCAAAUUUAUUUGCUUUUUUCUUUUUCUUCAUUAUUUUCUCUUCCUGUUUUAACUCAUUAAGUGAGUUUCUUUGUUUCUUUUUAUUAUAUUUUCUUUCUUUCUGGUUUCUUAUUUUUCUUUUCUACUUUUAG